AUGGGUGAUGUAUUCUAUAUUCUAUGCAACAAUGUUGUCGAAUCUUUAGAAUGCGGUAGCAAUGCUCUUCCCUUAGGAAAGUAUUCAUUCCCACCUCUCAUAAAGUAUUGGUAUGCCGAGUUCGUCUAUCAGGACACUACCAACUCGGUUGUUGACUAUGGUGCAGUAGGACGUGUCAGUGGUGCCGUACCAGAGAAGAUCUACGUGGUCGACGGUAUCAACUAUCUACGUUUACGAUUCUAUGUCAAUGAUGUCUACGACCUGUUCUUGACGGUCAACAGCUACAGUGGUGCACUUUGUAAUCAUACGAUCAUCUCCAACACAACGACUCUAAUGAUUCCACACGUAGAUAUCGUCCAACCGAAAUGUCUAUAUGCCAAUGCCACUCUCACCCCAAUCAACAACACGCUUAUCAAUCUUCCAUUUUUCCAGGUGGAUUGUCUUUCUUAUCCAGAUCCCACUCUAUCGAUGGCGGCAUACACUCCCACCUUCCAAUACAAAGUAGAUAUCAACGGUGUCUAUCGUAUUACCUAUGGAAACCUCCAGUAUCUAUUCAAUCUUGAAGCUCAAAAUCCAUUGAUACCAAUCUUUAGUUUUUCCUCUGCCAUUAUUGGUCAGAACAGUACGAUGUCCAUUCAGAACUCCCAGAUGUUCAGCUCCAUCCAAUUAGUCGAUUACCAAGGAAAUCUAGUUACACCAACCAAUAUUAACCAAUUCCCAAUUGUAAAUAGUAUGCGAUAUAAAUUGAUUGCUGUUUCCAAUACAUGUGGAACUCAGGUAAUGGAUGUAGUUGCCAACCUCUACCCUUACUUGAAAUCAAAAGUUCUUAAUUACAGUUGCGCCAAUUCCACUGUUGAUGUUUCAUUCGACUUUGACUUCCAGGUACCUGGUAUUGGAACACAGAAUAAUAUCACUAUUGGAGAUUUCGCCUAUCAAUUGGGUACCCCUAUUACCUUAAGACAAGGAUCGCUUAUUAGCGUCGGAAUAAAAGGUCAAUACAACUUUGACUACCUCUACCCCUUACCGAGAUUGAACCCAUCGAUAGGAUACACCAUAGAUUCCUACCCAACAUGUUCAACAACCGGUAUAUUUACCAUCCACUACGAUGGUAAUAUCACUGAUGUCUCUGUGAACUACCAUAAGGUCACUUCCAACAAAGUUUCUUUCGAGUUUGGCCGACAAUACUCCGUUCAAACUUUAUGUGGACAAGAGAUUGUUGUUUUCUAUAACAACCCUCCAAUCUAUUCGAUUGACUCGUCAACCGACGAUUGUCUUGGAAUCAUGUCGGUUGUUGUUAGAAACUACCAAUCAUACUCUGAAAUAAUUUUAAUCGAUUCAGCAUUAGGUAUCGAUUAUACAGCAAUCGAUGGUAUCUUCUAUAAUGUUUACCCAUCUUCUCAAUUGUCAUUUUCCUACAAAGAGAAUAGCAGCUGCUAUUCUUCCGGAAUUAGGGUUCCAUACACUUUGGCUCCCCAAGAUUCCAGUCAAAUCCAGGUCAAACAUCAAAUUCUUCAACCAUCAUCGUCAUGUAGUGAUAAAGUGUUAUUCAAUUAUCAAGUCAUUAACAAAGGUGUCAUACUCGAAAAUGUUACCGAUAGUUUCUAUUAUGGUCAAAAUAUAACACAUAACUUAGGAUAUGGAACAUGUGGUGAUUAUAUCAAUAUUCCACUCGUUGUAGAUAAUUUAUUAAAUGUAACAACAUAUAAAAUUGUAAAGUCAGCAGUUUGUAAAUAUUCAUUAGCAACUAUUCAAUUGGAAUCUGUUGAUAUCAUUAAUUUACAAUCUAUAUACAUUAAUGGAAUACAAGAAGCUCUCAAUUCUGUUGACGCCACUUACCAAAUUCCAACUGGACAACAUACUAUUGAACUUACCUAUUCUAAUCCAAACGGAAAUUGUGAAACUAUAUUGAAUGUCGACAUACCAUUCACAAACAACACUGAAUUGACACACACCAUAACCAAUCAAGAUUCAACAAAAUGUGAUGAAUUAACAGGUUCAGUACGAUUUGCCAAUUUCAAUGAUUUUAUUACAUUGCAAAUCGAUGGAGAAAAUUCCUCGAUUGGAGCAUUCAAUCAUCUAAAUCCCGAUAUCUACACCAUCAAAUUCAAUCAUUCAGUUUGUGGAGUUGGUCAAAUCGUAGUUCCAAUCAUUACCGACGGUGAAGUUACAUUCGAAGAAAUCUACAGACCUACAUGUUCCGUUACAGUUGGACCAUCUGAUGGUAUCUAUAGAAUGAAUGUUCGUGAUAGAUUUGGAAAUCAAAUUAAAAACUCUUCCAUUAGUUCACCUUAUGCCUAUCAAACUAUGGGUAUUGUGACUGGUCAAACCUAUGGAGAAUAUAUUUUUGAAGUUCAAUCCGGAGAUUUUUGUAUUUGGAAUCUAAAUGGUGAAUUUAAACAACAGGAAAUCAAGUACAAUGAUUUUUGUAAGCUCGACACACUAGCUCCAGCCAAUCCACCAACUCCAGAUUUCGAUUUCGAAAUAAUUAGACAAUGUGGAACAAUGGAUACCAUAUUGCAGAUUCCUCAGAGUGUAGUCGAUGAAUAUUACGUUGUAACUCAAAAUGGUAACAUUGAUGCAAACAAUCAAAUCAACAUGUACAGUUCCACUUUCGUUGUUUUGACAUCGAAAUCAAAUGGAACUCAAUACUAUUACAACAUUGGAAAUUCCAACUAUGAGAUGCCACCACCCGUUCAAUAUUCAACCAAAGAUGAAUCAUGCUCUUCAAGUGGCGAUGGUUCAAUCACUAUCACCAAUACACAAACAAAUUACAGCUACACUCUAGUCGAUUCACAAACUUUAAAUUCAGUACAACAACCAGCGACCAGUGGUGUUUGGACAAAUCUACCUGCAAGCACUUACCGAUUGACAGUUGUCAACAACACUGGUCCAACCUGCCAAUCAUCUAUUGAUAUUAUUGUCGGUAGCAAAGCACCAGUACUCUCAACAUCAAUUGUUAACAUAUGUUCCGCUGCUGUAUUGAAUUCAGUUGCAACAUUCUCAACAACUGUUAACAAUCAAGCAGUUAACAAUGUUAAUUAUUCAGUUGAUGGUGUCCAGAUUAAUUCAAACAAGAUCGAAUUGACACCAGGUAAUUACACAGUGAAAGCAUUUGUAAAUGAAAGUACCUGUAGACAAUUCACCAGCCAAACAUUCACAGUUCAAUCGAAUAUCGUCGAAGCAGAAGUUACAUCAUCGAUUUGUUCGACAGCCAGUAUCAAAGCAACAUCAGAACUCCAAGAUCAAUUGACAAUUAAAUUGAUUAAUGUUACAAAUGGUGGUAAUUCAUUGGUUGGUCAAGCAAUCAAUGGAAACACAGCCAACAUCACCAACCUCUCUCGUGGAACCUAUCAAUUCACAGUUGCCGAAUCAUCUGUUAUGAAUUCAAAAUUUAUUUAUUUAUUUGUAUUAUAUAUAUUUUUUAAUUUGAUUAACCACAAUUUUGUGGAAUCUUUGGAUUGUGGUAGUAAUGCUCUUCCAUUGCAACAGUAUAAUUUCCCACCAAUAACAAAGUAUUGGUAUGCCGAGUUCAUCUAUGAAGAUAUUGCAAAUGCUUUGGUGGACUUUGGUGCUGUCGGUCGAAAUACUCAUGCCAUUCCCGAGAAAGUGAUCACCGUCGAAAUCCCAAAAUAUCUUCAUCUUAGAUUCUAUGUCAAUGAUAUCUACGAUAUAUUCUUGACUGCCAGAGACUACAAUGGUGAACUUUGUAAUCAUACUAUCAUCUCCAAUACAACGACUCUGAUGAUUCCACACGUAGAUAUCGUUCAACCGAAAUGUCUAUAUUCCAAUGCCACUCUAACCCCGAUCAACAAUUCAGUUAUCAAUCUUCCAUUUUUCACUGUCAAAGGGGUCUCCAAUACAGAUCCUGCCAAUUCACUGAUAGCCGACACUCCAAGCUUCGAAUAUAGAGUCAAUAUGAAUGGUGUCUAUUCUAUUACCUAUCCUCCCAAUAUUGUAUAUUAUUUCCAUCUAUUUGCUCAAAAUCCAUUGGUACCAGUUAUUGGUUUCUCCCCCGCCAUCAUUGGUCAGAACAGUUAUUUAUCCGUUCAAAACACCCAGAUGUUCAGCUCCAUCCAAUUAAUUAAUAUCCAAGGAAAUCUAGUUACACCAACCAGUCCAAACCAAUUCCCAACUACAAUUGGAAUGCCCUAUCAAUUGAUUGCUGUUUCAGAUACCUGUGGAACUCAAGUUAUGAGUGUCACUCCAGGAUUAACACCAUCGUUAAAAUCUACUAUCUUAGGUUAUAAUUGUUCAGACUCUACCGUGGAGAUGUCAUUUGACUUUGGAUACCCAGUUACAGGUUAUAUUGAUAUGUCUAUUGAAAAUAUAGGUCCAUAUCAGUUGGGUACCCCAGUUAAAUUAGCCCAAGGAUCAUAUGUUAGAGUUUCUAUAUCUGGUGAUUUCCAAAAUUCCUAUAUUUUCAGUGUUCCAUCUAUCACACAAAACCAAAGCUACACCGUCAGUACAUAUCCAACUUGUACCACGAAUGGAUCUUUUUCAGUCAACUAUGAUGGCAAUAUCUCUGAUAUUAAAGUUAAUAGUAUCCCACUUACUUCCCAUCAAGUUCCAUUCGAGUUCAACCAACAAUACACCAUUCAAGGACUUUGUGGAGCACCAAUCAGUUUAUUAUAUAACAACCGACCACUAUAUUCAAUUGAUUCAACUUCCUACGAUUGUCUUGGAAUCAUGUCAGUUGUUGUUCAGAAUUACCAAUCAUACUCUGAAAUUAUUUUGAAUGACCACAUGCUAAAUAUCAAUUAUACGACAAUCAAUGGUAUCUUCCAAAAUGUAUAUCCAUCUUCCCAACUGUCAUUUAUCUACACUUUGGAUAAGAGCUGCCAAUCCUAUCAAUAUUCCAUCCCAUACACUAUGACUAUCCAAGAUUCCAGUCAAAUCCAGAUUAAACAAAAAAUACUUCAAUCAUCAUCAUCAUGUAGUGAAAAAGUGUUAUUCAAUUAUCAAGUCAUUAACAAUGGUGUCAUACUCGGAAAUUUUACCGAUAGUUUCUACUAUGGUCAAAGUAUAGGACAUAAAUAUAGAUAUGGAACAUGUAAUAAUAUCAUUAUUGUAGCCAUGGUCGAUAAUUCAUUAAAUGUAACAUCAUAUAAAAUUAUACAACCAGCAGUUUGUAAAGAUUCAAUAGCCACUAUUCAAUUGGAAUCUGUUGAUAUCAUGAAUUUAAAAACGGUCUUCAUUGAUGAUAUCCAGUCAGAUGUAACUUCUGAUGGCCUUUUACAAGUUCCAACUGGACAACAUACUAUUGAACUUACCUAUGCUAAUCCAUUUGGAAAUUGUAAAACUAUAUUGAAUGUCGACAUACCAUUCACAAACAACACUGAAUUGACACACACCAUAACCAAUCAAGAUUCAACAAAAUGUCACCAAUCAACAGGUUCUGUUCAAUUUGCUAAUUUCAAUGGUUUUAUUUCAUUGCAAAUCGAUGGAGAAAAUUCCACAAAUGGAACCUUUAGUAAUCUUCCUCCUGAUAUCUACACCAUCAAAUUCAAUCAUUCAGUUUGUGGAGUUGGUCAAUUCGUUGUUCCAAUCAUUACCGAUGGUGAAGUUACAUUCGAGGAAAUCUACAGACCAACAUGUUCCAAACCAGAUGGAGAAUCAGAUGGUGUCUAUAGAAUGAAUGUUCGUGAUAGAUUAAGAAAUCAAAUCCAAAACUCCUCCAUUAACACACCUUAUGUAUAUCAAACUAUGGGUAUUCUUGCUGGUCAGUCUUAUGGAAAUUAUCAGUUUGAAGUUCAAUCCGGAGAUUUUUGUAUUUGGAAUCUAAAUGGUGAAUUUUCAAAACAAGAAAUCAGUGUUAAUUAUUAUAAUGUUACACCUUACACUUCUUUCCCUGGAUCCUUUUAUUUUAACGCCAGUACAUACAUUAGAAUUGAUGAUGCGUUUUUAUCUAGUAUUACAGGUAUAUAUGUGUAUCCAGGAUAUGUUGAUUUCGCACUUUUCUCAAAUUUUCAAGCCACAUUCACUAUAAAUUAUAAUGAUAAUUGUCAGAUCUAUGUACCUGCUCCUCUCACUCCACCAACACCAGACUUUGGAAUCACCACAUUCAGACAAUGUGGAUCAAUGGACACCAUAUUACAAGUUCCACAAAGUGUUGUCAAUGAAUACUAUGUAACAACAAACAAUGGUAAUUUGGAUACCAACAACCAAAUGUACAUUUUCGACUCGAUUUAUAUUAUUUUGACAUCGAAAUCAAAUGGAACUCAAUAUUUCUACAAUGCCCAAAAUACAUACACUGCAUCCGCACUAGCCAUUCAAUAUACAUCGAAAGAUGAAUCAUGUUCUGGAAGUGGUGAUGGUUCAAUAACUGUUACCAAUCCAAUACCAAACGUUGUAUACUCACUUACAGAUACUGGAAUUGCAGGUCAAUUGCCACAACCAGCAACCAAUGGAAUCUGGAAAAAUCUACACGUCAGCAAAUAUCUUUUGACAGCUGUCAACACCACAGACCCCACAUGCCAAUCAUCUAUUGAUGUUUAUAUCCGUAGCAAUUCACCAGUACUCUCAACAUCAAUUGUUAACAUAUGUUCCGCUGCUGUAUUGAAUUCAGUUGCAACAUUCUCAACAACUGUAAACAAUCAAGCAGUUAACAAUGUUUAUUAUUCAGUUGAUGGUGUCCAGAUUAAUUCAAACAAGAUCGAAUUGACACCAGGUAAUUACACUGUGAAAGCAUUUGUAAAUGAAAGUACCUGUAGACAAUUCACCAGCCAAACAUUCACUGUUCAAUCGAAUAUCGUCGAAGCAGAAGUUACAUCAUCGAUUUGUUCGACAGCCAGUAUCAAAGCAACAUCAGAACUUCAAGAUCAAUUGACAAUUAGAUUGAUUAAUAUUACAAAUGGUGGUAAUUCAUUGGUUGGUCAAGCAAUCAACGGAAACACAGCCAACAUCACCAACCUCUCUCGUGGAACCUAUCAAUUCACAAUCACUGAAUCAUCUGGAUGUUCGAUUACAACAACAUCAUUCAACAUUCUUGAAUGUCCAACACAACCACCAACUGAAACUCCAACACAAACACCUGUCAAUCAUUCAUAUCAACUUUCACCAUCCACGUCAUUGUUCUUAUUCUCCAUUCUUUCAUUAUUCAUUUUACUUAAUUAA